AUGGCCGCAGCCGGUUAUAUCCAAAUUACGUUGAUCUGGGUCGUCUAUGCCAUCGCCGUGGUGAUUCUCCUCUCCAUCGCUUGUCUCUUUGUUUACCUCUACCAAACACAUCGAGACCGGUCUAUGUUCGUCACAACUGUCUGCAUCUUCACGAUCACAUCUCUGCUGGCAACCGUCCUUCUACUCCCCGUCGAUGUCGCGCUGGUCUCUAGUACCACAAGCUCAAAGUUGGGUCAACGGAAGGACUGGGCAAAUCAAGAGAAGGUCGACAACAUCACCUUUACCCUCCGGGUCGUCUACUAUCUUCUAUACUCACUCGAUGCGCUUCUCUGCUUGCUCGUCGUUCCAUUUACCUAUUUCUGGUAUGAAGAAUAUGAUGAAGUCGCCCAAGAGGAGGGUAACCAGACUUUCGGCUCCAGAUUCUGGGCUGCGUUCAAAUACACACUAGCCUUCGUAUUCCUUUGCGUUGCGCUUUUCCUUGUGGGCUUCUUCGUCCCUGUUGCCCGCCACAGAGAAGGGGCCCAUUUCGACCUCGACUUUUUCAAGAAACUACUGGCCGAAAACCACGGCGAACGCGCCUUGACGUUUGCGCUAGGCCUUCUGAUCACGAUUGGGGUUCUCAUCUACUGCUUCUAUACUGCCGCGGGCCUCGCGCUUCUCCCUCUUACCCUCAUCAAAUCCGCGCCCAGUGUCUCAGCGCCCGCGCUAAGCGAAUCCACCGCGUCGCAAUUGGAAAGCAAUCUCGAGAGGCAGAGACAGCUGGAGGGCCGUGCCCAAGGCAAUCCCGAUGGCCUGUCCUCCAAAGACCAAAGAGAACUGGAUGCGCUUGUUCGUGAAGAACGCACUCUUCGUCGUCACCAGCGGCUCGCUGAAGAAUCCUCGGGGAAAGACCAAAACAUCUUCUGGAAAUUUUGGAUCAAGCUGGGCGCCGUUCUGCGGCCUAUCAAACUCAUUCUAGGGCUUCUGCUGGUGAUCAUUGUACUUUUGAUCUUCACCAGCAUGCUCAUUACAGGCAUUGAUAAGGCUAAGAACUCGAUCUGCAAACAGCACUGCGGCUAUCUACUGGCACACAUCAACAUCUUCCAACCGGUCAACUGGAUCCUCGUCACGUCCGCCAAGGUGUUUCCUAUCGACUAUGUCAUCUUCAUGCUAAUCGUGAUGCUUUUCUUCAGUGCGAGCAUCAUCGGAAUUGCGACCAUUGGCAUCCGCAUCCUGUGGAUUACAAUCUUCCGAAUCCGCAAAGCUCACACAUCACCGCAAGCUUUGUUGGUUGCCACUGUCAUGCUCACUCUCAUGACACUGGCCAUCAACUACUCAAUAGCUAUGAUGGUGGCUCCGCAGUAUGCCACAUUUGGCCCUCAAACGUUCUGCGACCAUCCCCUUAAGCACCCUGGGGAACAACCCGAUUGUACUGAUCACCCACAGCACAUCAUACCAUGCACCGAGUCAACUGAGAAUCCUGCCGCCAGGAAUGUCUGCACCCCAUCUGUCGUGUCCACGUUCCUCAACCGUGUGACGGUCAACUUCCCCUUCUUCGGUGUGGUCGAUUUCUGGGCGCAGUUCGUUUUUCUGGGAAUUUUCCUGCUCGGCUUCAUUAUUCUCCUGUUCCGUACACCGAAACUAUCAGAUUCAGAUUCCGAGGAAGAUGAGCUGGAGGAAGAAGAGGAAGGUCUCUUAGCAAGCACAGGCAGAAGGUUUGACGCGACGUGGCAAGACAUUACGGGCAGAGUCAGCCAUGCAGGUAGGAGGGAUCAACAAGGACGAGGGACACGGGAUAGCCCUAGUCAUUGA